AUGGACGCAGCGCGGGGAGUUCUGCAACGCCGGGUGCGGGCUUGCAUCUCUCGUCCCGGUGUUUUGUCUGGUAGAGUCAUUUAUCCAUCAUUGUGGCUGUCUUCGUCGUUGUCGUCAUUGUCAUCAUCCGUUCGGGCGCGGAGUUCUCCCCGCACGACGGUCUCUCCGCUCCGCGGCGGUGCGCUCCGUGAGGGGAGGGGGUUGCUUACACCUGUGAUGGCGGGUGCGGGUGUGGGUUACUCGACUACUACUGGUGCUUCUGGGGAGCAGGAGCAAGAGCAGGAGAAGGCGCAAGAACAGGAGCAGGAACAGGAGCCAGAGAAGGCGCAGGAACAGGAACAGGAACAGGAGCCAGAGAAGGCGCAGGAACAGGAGCUGGAGCAGGGGCAGGAGCCGGAGAAGCCGCAGGUGCAGAUCUCGCAGGGUGAGGAUGCAGAACAGGUUCAGGGGGGAUUGGAACGCUUGCUUGAGAACGGGUGGGUGUUGGACGGGGAGAGAAUGGGAAUCAAAAAGACGUUUUAUUUUCGGUCUUAUUUUAAGGCUGUGAGCUUUUUGAAUGUGGUUGCGUCGCAGAGCGCGACAAAGAAGCAUCAUCCGACCAUGACUGUUAGGAUUGGAAGUGUGGAUGUGCAUUGGACGACGCAUAAUCCGCGAGGACUGUCGUCGAAAGACAUUGCUAUGGCGGAGCAUUGUGAGGAGGGAGCGCAGUUGAUGGGGGCUGUUGACGAGGCGAAGGGGAAGAAGUGCUCGCUGCCCGCGGUGACUUUGCUGGGAACUCCCACGCGUGAGCGUGAGCAUGAAGCCUAG